UACUUUCCAAUCAGCCACGAUUGAACAAUAUUGAAGUCGUCGGCUUUAUUAAUUUAGUUAUAAAAUUAUCGGAAACUUGAAGCCGGAAACGACUCAUUCACCUCUUCCGAGAUGACGAUAACGAAAUUGACAAUUCCCCCACUCUCAGCUUCAAAAGUCAGCCUCUCUUUUCCUAAUCCUCCCGACAGGCCGCUAGCCACCAGUACUUCAGCUACAAUUCACCACAAAUAGCUCGAAGUUUUUUUCUCAGAUAGCCUGUUCCUUCAAUUACUACAGGUUCUCACAUCAGACGGGCCUACUUUCUAACACUACCAACAAAUCCCCAUUUUCUGAUCACGACUUUGGAGAUCUUUUAAAUCCGUCUUCUUUUCAUUCCCAACAGAUCUUUUUCCCAGAUACCCAACUAUGUCUAACCUUAGACCAAGAUCCACAUCCAAAAAUCAAUCAUCCACUGCUGACAAACCCGCACCGCCGAUCCCGUCACCCCCCUCCUCCGACACCGAUCCCGACACCCCAAUUAAAGCACCUCUACUACGCCAAAAAUCUUUCUCACAACGUGCCAUCUCCCAAACCUUAGAAGGCACAGCCAACCUAGCCAAUCUCCUACCCACAGGCACCCUCCUAGCAUUCCAACUUCUCAUCCCCGUCUUCACCCAAAACAGUGUUUGCGACUCCGCCACUCGCCCCAUGACGAUCAUCCUCCUUGUCAUCCUCGCCGUCUCAUGCUUCCUCGCGAGCUUCACGGACACGGUGAAGACAUCGGACGGGCAAGUCUACCACGGCCUUGCGACCUUCAAAGGGAUGUGGCUGUUUGACUAUCCAGGCCCUUCCAAUCCAUCAGGCUUGCCGGAUUUGAGCAACUAUAAAAUAAGAUUCAUUGAUUGGGUUCAUGCUGUGUUAUCAGUUCUAGUGUUCGGAGCAGUAGCUUUGAGGGAUAAGAACGUGUUGCAGUGCCUUUAUCCAACGCCGGGGCAUGAGACUGAGGAGGUUUUGGACAUUGUUCCAGUGGGUGUUGGGCUGAUUUGCAGCCUGCUGUUUGUAGUCUUCCCCACCAGAAGGCAUGGCAUUGGAUACCCUGUCACGCCAGGCAAAUAAUUUAAUGUCAUAAUUUCAUUGCAACCAGCUUUUUCAUCAUCUACCUUGCUUUUCUUAAUUUCUUGGUUGUUUUACUUUUUUGAAACGUAGGUUGUAAGAGAUGGCUGUCGUCUUCUCUUCCUUUUUUUUCCCCUUUAAUUUUGAAGAGCACUGCCAAUGACUAGUAUGACUUCUACAGUAGUUCACACGUGUUUUGAAGCCUCGUAACCCUCA